GAUCAACUAUUUCCAACCACAAGGAUAUUAAGAAACUGGAACGCAGGAAGAACGUUUGAAGAAACUUAAAUUCCUGCAGGAUAUUAAGAGAUAUUUUGGAGAACUUUCUGUCGUCAGAUCGAGCAACUGGAUCUACACGUAAAUUAAGGUGUAAAUUAAGCGACGAAAGAAUUCGCAGCGGCGAUACUUUCGCUCUGCGCAUUCUUUAAACCGCGACGGGCAAAUGAAAUCUCGAUGAGGUUGGUCUCGAUUGAAAUAUCUCGAGGACGAACGCCACGAAGAAUGCUCGGAUUUUCUCCAAUAACGGCCACCGUCGACGGUGAUAAAUUUCACGAAACAGCUGCUACGCGAUCGUAUCAUUUUAAACCGCAUCUAUCAUAAGAGAAAGAAAUUGAAAUUCCAAGUGAAAACGAUCUAGCGUGUAAACGCACGGAUCCGUUUAAAGGGAUCGGCGUUCGAGAACUGCGACGGAAUUAAUCCGACUUUUCCCGAUAUUACGCUCUAUCGACGGAUUUUCAACCAUCGACGCAUUCCUGACCUGGAUUAAGUUCGCAUCCGCUCGCAUUCAAACGAUUCCCGCGAUUCGACGAAAAUAAACAAGCGUAGUAACCGAGCAUCCAAAGAGGCAAUCGCAUCGUAUGGUAAGAGCCGUUUAAGAGGUGGAAGCAAAUCAGAGACAUUCAGAGUAGUGGCCGCGUCGUCGAAAAGUGCAUCCAAUGAUCUGUAGUAUCUCUAUUUCGUUAUUUCUAUCUUGUUAAAUGUACGACUCGUAUAACGGUGGAAACAAAGAAAAGAAAAAAAAAGAAGAAAAAAGAAAGACUCGGUCCCGUGUACAUCGCGCGAACGAAUUUGACGACGCCAACGUCACGCUAACACGCGUCUCGCUCGCAUCAGCGAGAUUCCACGCGACCCGGAAUCCGCGUCAGUGCGUGUCUCUGGUGACGCUCGACAGCAAGAACAAUGAAUUCGUUCAUCCGUCAUCCGUGAGGUGGAUCUAUGACGAACGAGUUAGUCGGACGAUUUUCAUCUUGGUCGGUGGAAUCGAUUGGAAGUUACCAUCGCGACAACAUCAUCGAGGGCUGAGCUAUCGAAAAAUAUGGCGUCAGGAAUACCGAGCGUACAUCAGAGGAAGCUUGGACCAGCGCCGAUAGCAUCCUUCGAAGACCUGUCCGACGAGGUGGAAAACGGGGAACCGGCUGCGCGAAUGCCAGGCAUCGUCGAGGUCACCACGCCGGCAACGCCUGGUAGUUCGCUUAAGACACCCAGCACGCCGAGAAUUGACAUCAGCAGGGCGAGCAGUUCCUCCCACCAUGAGGACAGUAACUCCAGGGACUCUACGCCCGAGAGGGAACUCCUUGCAGGCGGAGAGCCUCCACCUGGGUGCAAGCUGACUCUGGGCUACAAAGAGGACGCCCAGGAUCUAAGAUCGUCGACGGAGGAGCUCGACUUGCAAGAUCCCAUUCACGAGCAAGAUCUGAAAAGAGAAUCGAAGAAACUGGCGAAGAGGCGAAAGGAGGAUGGCUCCAUGUCCGAUUAUAGCGGCAAACAAUUAGACAGAGAAAGGAAGGACAGCAAUUGCUCGGAAAUCGUCCUGCUAAACAUCAGUGGAAGAACGUCUAGACUCUCCUCCGUGGGUAGCCAAGGUUCAGGAGCCUCUGGCAAACUUUCCGUUGUCUCUGCCACGUCGUCCAGGUCGCCGAGUCCGCACAAAUGUUUACUGGAAACGUCGUUCUGCGGAAGCAAACCUACACUGGCAGACAACUUGAUAGAACCGUCGAAACCAGAGACCGACGACCUGGAGAAGAUCCUGCUGAAACGUGAAGCAGACACGACGAAAGCACUGAUUCCAGACAGCAUAAAGGUAUCGAUGGUAGAUGGAAACUUGAAACCAGAUCCCCUGGAUAAACCUAGGAGACGAGGGCGAGAAGAGAGGAAGGAGAUCUUCAAGAGAGAAGUGGAGAUCACGAAAAGAUUCUUGGAGAAGGUUAACAUACAGGUACCAGUGGCGAAGAAGUCAGGUGAAUCGCCAAGUACAACGACGUCGCAGCAGCAGUCGGGGAGAAGUCAAGCGCAAGAGGUACAAAAGCCAGCGACCUUAGACUUCAACGACAAGAGGAAAAAAGCGCAGAACUUCAAAGAAAUCGUACAGACCACUCCAACAACGAGCAGCGUGACCGGUAGUCCGAAGCUACCAAGGCAUCAGAAAGUCCGCGAUCUGGAAGGUUCGCGUACACCCAGUCCCUCUUCCGUUUCCAGGAAGAGCAGUUUCGCCUCUCUGUUUAAGGCCCGUACAGACAGCAGUGUGUUGAGCCCAGAAUCGCCGUCUCCGAGCACGAAACCACGUCGUAGCCUCACCUCGAAGAUCAAGGACACCACGGAGAGUCUGCGUAGCAGAUCGAAAUCGCGAGAGCGAGUAACCUUGGACAAAGGGUCUGGCAGUUUGAAAAAGGACUCGAAGAACAAGGGCGUGUUCUCCUCGACGUUGAGUCUGUUCAAGAAACGCGAGAGAAAGAAGAGUUAUGACGAGGCGAUAGCGGCAUCCUGUGGCACGGAGUUGGAUAGUUCCGGAGGACACCCGUCCUUAGAAAGCAUAGGCCACGUGGAGUUUCGUUUUAACGCUGAAAAGGAGAGUCGCAAGGACGACUCGAUCUUCAUAAGCCUGCACGCGGAUGACAGGAACUACGAGGAGGCUCUGCCUUCGGAGAGCGUGUCGAUACCACUGGAAACGCCUACCAAGCUGCUGGACGAGUACGAAUCGGAGCCUCGAACUGGAAGCAUCGUAACGGAAGUGUCGAUAGAGCAUUAUCCACCCACGACGAGGAUAAAGACCGAAGCUUUGAUCGAAACUACGUCGAGGCCGUACUCGCGGGACAGCCAGACCAGCCAGAUCAUACCGCAGAGCAGUUCGAAGGAUUCUGAGAUCUCGAGGAGCUCCUCGAAGGACUCGAAGCUGAGUAAUCACGGGAAAACCAGCGAAACCGUUGUGAGAUCGUCGUCGUCCAUCGAUAGCAAACCUCCUGCGGACCAUCGAAUAUCCAGCAGUUCGUCGAAGGACUCGAUAGGAAAGAAGGAAGCUACGAAGCCGAAAAGGAAAAGCAAAGAGCUGCAACAACCUGUCGAACCAGCCGAGAUAGUCGAGGAAGAUGUUUCAAGGCAGAAACAGAAACAAGUUGAAACUAGGGAACACGCGCCGGUUAAAACGAUGGAAAAGAGGCCAGACUUGUUGGAUGACGGAACGAAGACUGCGGAUGGACUGGUGAAGACACCAAGCGUGAUCUCUGAUCUGGAUCAUAAUAGUUCGGAGUCGGAGAGAGACUCGGAGAUCGAGUUUGUUAGGAACAAGGUGGAGAAACUUGCCGAGGAAUUGCCCGACGAGAGGAAGGGACUGUUCUACGAGGAGAGCUUCGAAGAGGAUCUUCCUUACGUACCCACCACCCUACCCCUGGAGAAAAGCGUGGCUGUGCCGAUCCUGCCUGUGAAACAACGACUUCAAGAAGUAAGAACGAUACCAAUCGAGAGGCCGCGUUCAACGACGCCGAUAAACCCGACGCUGCUCGACGAGUUUGUGAUGCAGACGUCCCUCGACGAGCGUCGUGUUGAGAAGAUGAAGAUAUCAUUGCCGCGAGAAGAUAGCUUUAAAUUGAAAAGUCCGCGGAAGCACGCGGCCAACACAUUUAUGGAAUUCGCAGGCAAAGUGCCUGACGGGGGACGGAAGAGCGCAGGUAAAUCGCCGAGUCCUCCUCCGCUGCCACCGAGGGCCACUGCUAGGCCGAGCAACUGGAUCAACUUCGAGGAGAUACCCGAGAAGAGGAAAGCGCCGAAAAGGAUCCAGACGAUUCCUCGACCUGAGGACGAGGUGAAAUCGGGUGGAUAUAGCUACGUUCAACCGGAGGAAUGCAGGUGCGAGUGCCAUGAAGAAUCUCGAAGGGCGUCGAUGAAGGAAGCGUCCACGACAAGGACUUCUUCCUCUUGCAGCAGCAACGGAGAACGUCCUUGUAACGGUGACAAUUGUACGGUGCCUACGUCGACGUCCAUGGACCGUGCCAGUAUCGUCAGUGACAGCUCGCUGGAGUGUAGCCUGAGCAUCGAGGAGAACACGACGCAACCGUUGUUCACGUGCUUGACGAAGCCGUUCAGCAUGGAUCUGGACGUUAGGUCGAAUCGGUCCAGUAUCGUAUCCCAGGACGAGACUGACGAGACCCUGCACCAAUAAUAGUUUUUUUCACGGCACGCCUCGCCUUAUUAUCCUCCUGUUCAAACAAAAACAAACAAAAAAAAAAGUGAAAUUAUCUCCUUGUUGGAACUGUUCUCGAGCCGAGUUCUCGUUCCUCCUUUCGCCGAUCCACUUGAAAAGAAUCGCGUCGUUUAUCUUUAUAACGAAUCAACUCUGCUCGCUCUUUCUCUCUCUCUCUCUCUCUCUCUCUCUUUCUUUCCUUCUGUGGAACGCUUUUUUAUCGAACUCAUUCUCCUCGCAAGAUCGCAAACGUCUCACAAUUCUCUGGUAUGUGUCAAUUCCAAUAACGGAGUUCUAUGCUCGUUUCAUUGCGGCAACAUCUCGUAUAAGUUACACGCGUGUAUCGACUUUGAAGCUACGCGUACUCACUGAGACGGAUCAAGAGAAGAUACGAAUCGGAUUCCAAGCGACAGAGUCGUUCGUUGUACGAUAGACGUCGCGUGUAACGCGUUUCAAAGUGUCUGUACGUUUCGUAACGCGUGAUUUUACAAAGGAUGUAAGCGAAGAUCGAUAUGUACAUGUGCACUCCCGUUCAUAAGUGUUCGGACGCCUGCUGGUUUUAUGCGAAACGGAUCAGUUAGCGACCAUUAGUCUAUAUUGUUAAGAAAACGAUGAAAUCGGUUGGAAUUUUUCUAUAAGUUCCGAUACUGACUUAAGAAUGGGAGUGUAUAUCGUUGAAAUUUCCCUCGACUUUUCUCGUCGUUGGCUACGAGUCAAGGCUAUCCUGUACUUGUUUCUUCGAGGUUGAACACGGUCGAACAUCGAACGUCAUUGCUGUUUAACGGCGCUUCGUAGUCGAUUUUACGAAAAACGCGUCACGGAAACGCUCCGCCGCAUUUCUCGCUAUAUCGUUUAACAUACACACAUACAUAUAUACGAGAAUACAUAUACACACUUGUACAUACCUUGUAACGGUCAUUCGUUCGAGAAACGUUUUUAGUCUAAUUGCGUACCUUCCACGAGAACUCGUUCGUUCCUUCGUUACUAGAUUCGCGUAAUUAUACCUUGGAAACGAGGGCAAAGGCAUGCUUGCUGAUGCGCGCGUGUUGACCAAAUGCUUCCUCACGACAGACAAGAACGUGGUUCUUGGAGAUCUAUUCGCGAACAGUGACUUUGAAAAGGCAUUUUUGAUCGUCGAAGCUCCUCGAGGUCCUUCGUCGCGCUCGAAAUUCAAAGUAGUCGAUAUCUACCAGCUUAGACGCUGGAGAAAUAAUUAGCAGGCUGCAGAUCUGCCUGAAAGCUAAACUAAGCUACGUCAUGUUACGUUCAGUUUAAAGAUAUUUCCUUCGAUACGUAUAUUACCGAAACUGCGACUUGAUCGAGAGAUUUCUAUUUAUAAUUUGUACUUUCGAAGCUGAGAUAAAAUAACUACCCUGUAUGGUUUAUUCGCUGCUUCUUGCGAUGAUUACAUUUAGACUAAAGCAAAGAGUAUUCCCGCAAUGCUCUAAUAGCCGAACGUAUUUUCGAUGAAUAACAUUUCGUAAGAUCUGUCCAAAGUUGUAGAAACAUCAUCUAUUAAUAUUAUUAACAUCUAUUAACAUUACUCUGAAACGAUAGAGUACACAAUAUUGGGCUUAUGCAGACAGAUUGAAACAUUUAAAGUCGCUGUACGAAACUAAUUUUUAUUCAGCUACAGUUACACGAUUCUUUUAUUUAUUUAUUUAACGGGGAACAACCAAUAUUAACUAUCUUUGUUAAUAUGUACUGUAUAUGUACUACAAUGUAUAUCGUAUAUGAUCGCUGCAGAUAAGAUUAGCCAAAAUUAGAUCAAACAGUUGUAUUUGAAAUCUGUAUAAGUAUUGUAUAUCCACGUGCAGUAACGUGAAAGUGUCCAGCAAAUAUUAUACUCUUGGACAGUAAUAUACGUAUCGAAGCGAAUACUUUUGAAUUGAACAUAGCGCAGCUUAAGCCCGUUUUUCGAUGGAUCUCCGGCUGAAAGCUAGUUUCACGAUCGCGUUUAGAUCACUGUGAAAGCACAGGGGACCUCGAAGCUCGAAUCACCAACGCGUGUUCUCGAAUAUCAUCGGCCAACUUCGUCGUAACGAGCCCCGCAACGUUUUGUACACCGAACAGAGAUAGUCGGAAGAGUAUUAUUUUGUCGAUUGCGUGGCGUUGACAGUGGGGAUCUCGUGCCACGAAGCAAGCUUACUUCGAUGCUUCAUCAUAUCAUGUAGAUAGACCUAGGUCUGUAAGUACCUCCGCAGGUGUAGACAAUUACAAAAAUAUCGUGAAACGUUCGAACAGCGAGCAAUUGUUCUUAUCGCGAUUCUCUCGGCUUUCGUGUACACGACGUAUUCUAUUGAAACUGAAUGCGACUGACAGUCUGCGGAUUUUCACGCGUUUGUAGGAAAUUCGAAAGCGCAACAUUGCACAGUGUACGCGUAACGUGGAGACAUACACAGAAUAUGCAAAAAUACGGUGCUCCGUAUGUUACAAUGCUGGAUGAAACAAUUUUCUACCUGGAUUCUAUUUUCCUAAUUAUAUUCUGGGAAAUGUGAAUCUCCGCGUAAAGAUCCGCGGUGAUCGAUCGUACACGAGAAUCGAAGGAAACGAACGUUCGGACAAUUUCAUCGGACGCAUAUGAUGCGUCCAUUAUCGAUAGAUCGUUCUAUCAGUAUUAAGACGAACGUGAUUGUGAUCGCAUUUAUGCGUGUGCGUGUGUGAUAAACGCGUGUGCAUUCGCAUCGAUGCACCCUGUGGUGCAUAUCAUUUCCAUAUCCAUUUGAAAAAGUCUCAUUCCUCGGAAAGAAUUCACCCUCGAGCUUCGAAUAUCAGAAAUGAAACUCUUCGAAGUCAGCGAGUUUGACAGAGGAAUACGACGAUCUCCUAUGGCUGCUGAAUAGUGAGAAGCGAACGUGUAAGUGUUUAGGAGCUUAAGCACGACGAAAUCAAACCGACCACGAACCACAGAAUCGAUCUGAUUGCGUUUUCGUUGAUGUUACAGUGUUUCUUUCGGUUGCUUCGUCACUCGAGUAACGUCGUGACUUCUUUUCGAGAUCCAUGUUGGCUGCAACAGAUACAAGCCCGUUCCUAAAUAUCGGGACACGUUUAUCACAAAAUUUAACUGUGGGAAAAAUCGUCGCAACGUUGUUUCCAACGUGUUAAAAAUUUUUUAAUUUGAACACUUGCCAUCCGAAGAGUAAGAUAAAGCGAUUGCUAAUUCGCUGAACAUUCAGUUACGUUGCACUAAGAAUCUCAUCAUUGACAAACGAUACACUGAUGAAACUUCACUUUGUCCAUUGCAUUUGCUGGGUUUUUUCCUUUUUUUUUAUUUUAUAUAUUCCUUUAACGAUUCAAAUUCGUUUAGCGGAUUUCCACGAAUUUCUCGAAUAUUAAAUCAAACUUGUCUUCUUAACGCUAGAACUACCGAUAGUUAACACGAAAUUAUUUCUACCAAAACCAGCCAAAAUGACUGAGCUUUAAAAAACACGUAAUAAUAGAACAUUUUUAUAUUUAUUGAUUUAUUACUUUCUUACGGAAGGAAUUCCAUGUUAUGUAGUACAUUUCUGAUAUUAUUAAUCCAUCUUGGACCAUGAUCCCUAAACGAGGAUUCACACAUUUAUAAAAUUGUAGAACCAGUCAUUCUCACUGGUGUGGCAUUGCUAGUGUUAGCAUCUAGCGAUCGAUUCGGAAUUUUCCUGAUAACUGGUAUCCUCAUAUCGAACGAUACGCGGUAAAAAUUUGAAAAACGUGUGGCAAGUUGUACGAAACGAGGAAACUGGUUAAUUGGGGUUCUGUAAACGGAUUACAGGACCCUUUUACACUUCGACAGGUACCAGUCAUUUUCACUGGUAUUGGCCCUGAUACAAAAUUAUCUUCAAUUUGAAUACAUAAAAAAGAAAAUAAAAUUCAUUAUAUUAUUCUUUUAGUUAUCGUUGCGGAAAAAAUAUAACACGAAGUAGGAAUUUUAAAAUAAAAUUGUAAAACCAGUCAAUUUCACUGCUGUGGUAGUUCUAGUGUUAAAAAUUAGAUUUAGUUGAAACUGUCUCAACGAGAUUUAAAUCAACCAAUCGAUAGGUAUAAUCGUCAAUUACCGUCGUUUCUCUCUCCACGAGUAACUUUAACAAAUUUUUUCUGAUCAUUGCGAAUCUUUAACUCGCAUUCUGACUGAUCGAUCGUUUGCAGAAUGACGUAACCGAAUUAUUUCGCGUGAGAUCGACCACUGUCCCGAUAUUUACGAAAGUCAGUCGAAUUGUUUCGUAACUUUCGGACGACGGAUCUCGAUCAUCCAAGCUUCCUAAAGCAUCGACAUUUUCGUUGUUUCAGCGAGCGCUUCUUCGCUCGUCCAAAUUGUUCGCUACGACUAAGUUUCGAAUCUUCGAGUCGGAUGAUUCAUCGAGUUAGAAAGAGCGCAACAUUGCAGAAAGAUUCUGUUCUGUGGGAUGUCGAAUUGAAGAGUACAAGGUAAUAGAAGUAAUUGUAAAAUUGUUCGAUCCUCGUUAAUCGAAAGAGUCUUAUUUAAUGGAAUGGAUCGCGUCGGAUAUAGUGAGUCGCGAAUGUAUUUGAACACAUAUUAUAAAACGCUCUUAUGUACAUAUUAUAUGUGUGUGUUAUAUCUGAAUCUAAAACUCUUGCAAAUAACUUUUACAAUUUUUACCAAACGUCUCUCCGGUCGUUGUCACGCGCAAAUAUAAAACUCUUGGUGUUUGUCAACUUUGAGCAGCGUAAUCGCGCGAUAGUCAGGUCGAUGCUAAUGAAAUUUCGAGAUGUUUUUGACAUGACGCGCUUAAUAUCGUCCCGUUUAUGCCAAAACCAAAAAUACCGCGUAUGCUUUCGUUUUGUCGUUCAUGGUCUUUGUUCUUGCCCUUAGCUACGUAGAUGUAAAGAGACGAGCGUCGUAACUAGAUUUUCCCGCGUAUUUAUGCGAAAUCUAAAGACGCAGAAGCGCGUGGAAUUCGUACGAUAUUAUACAAAAAUAUAGAAGAUAUCCAAUGUAUAUUACGCUACGUCUUGUAAUUUCUAACAAGUACAACAAAUCUCCUUUAAAGGAAUCUCCUCUCUACAGAUUCGAUCAUGUUCGUAAACAUGAAGAUUUGCAUAAAGAUUCUGGUCCACGGUGUAGUUGUAACGAACGUGAUACAACAACGUGAUUAAUUGUAUCGUAAACUCGAUUUAUCAUUCUCAGACGUGUCCAAUAAUUUUACAUUCGAUCGCGAGUUUCUACGAUCUGUUGAAUCGCGUAUUUGCGAUGUUGUUGGCAUAAGAAGGACGAUAUAUUCAUAGAAGGUCUCUAUAAACGUUCAAAUACUUUCGUGAACCAUUGUAAAUCAGGUUUUAGGGUAAGUAGCGAUUCCCGCGAGACGAUAAUUGAAGAAGAGAAGAAGAAGAAGAAGAAGAAGAAGAAAGGUUUCCGCUGAAAUUGAUCGCUCGGCUCUUUCGUACCUUUCCUUUGCCUUGUUAAUCGACGAUUAACCAAACCAGUUAGCAGGAACCAAUUAGCUGUACCGAUCGCAAUUUAGCGAUAACGUAGCGUACUCUGAUCGGAGAACCCUGAAAGAUUGUGUCAAGUUUCUUCGAAGAGGGAUCAAAAGAAACGAAGAUUCCUCGGCUCGUCGUCGAAUUUUUCACCGCGUAAGAUACGUUCCCAUUAGCCGUGCACGAUUAUGCUAGUAGGCUGUGUUCAAUUGCGGAACAAUGUUCGUUCGAGUACACGAACAAGUUGAGAAACGUGUCUCGUGUAUUUUCUUCGCAGCUCCAUCUCGUGAUCUCUCGUGUCCGCUAUUCGUAAAAUUCAAAUUCCUACAAUUCAAAUUCGUACAAGUUUAUUUAAAGGCGGUCGUCGAUCGACCUUUUUGCGUUUCUUUGCACAAUCUGCAACGAGAUCGUACAUUUCUCCGCGUAGAUCGUUAUGGAUAUCUUCUUUUUUUUCUUCAACCAUUUAGUCCAUUUUUGCAGUCAAUAUCUCGAGCUUGUUAAAUCAAUGACUUGCUGUAGAAACAUGACGCGUCCACGUUUCGUGAAAUUCGAAUCUUUACACGCAACAAAUAUCUCUUCGCUGGUUUCUUCGUGUUGCGUAAACUUAUCAAAUGUAUAAUUGCUUCGUAAAUUCGUCAGAAGUAAUAUUUUUCUUCAUAUCGAUAAAAUAUAUAUUUAUAAUAUUACAUACAGUAAACUUACAUGUAAUACUAUUAAUAUAUAUUUAUACACAGGGUGGUUGGUAACUGGUGGUACAAGCGGAAAGGGGGCGAUUCUACGCGAAAAAAGAAGUCGAAAAUAUAGAAUAACAAUUUUUCGUUCGACGCUUUGUUUUCGAGAAAAUCGACUUUGAAUUUUCGCUCGGUACGCGUGCGGUACGUUAUAACGGAUCUCGCUGUAGAUCGUUGUCUCGAUAGAAAAAUUAAAAAAAAACAAAAAACAAAAAAUAAAAAAAAAUUUUUAUUCUAUAUUUUCGACUUCUUUUUUCGCGUACAAUCACCCCCUUUUCGCUUUACCAACCACCAUGUAUAAUUUUCCUACAUUCAGCUAUCUUCAACAAUCAUAAUUUACCCUUGCCAUUUCAUGUUCCUAAAAACGAUACCGCAACUCGCAAACUAAUUCUAUAGCACCACGAAGCGAUGACAAAAAUAAUGUAGAAGAUAUUUAUUUAAUUACAAAGUAGACAGUAUUUAUUUAAUUACAAAGUACCGGUGAAUCGUUCAAACCGGUUCCCUACGAAACGCUGAAAAUGGACACGCGAUAUUUUUCCAGCAAGUCGUCAUCAUUCGCAUUUGUCAUACAUAACGCGAUUAUUUUUUCCUUCUUUCUCUGUCUUCCCUAACCACGUCGUCCAUUUUUCCUCUCAGUGUCUCGAAUUUUUAACGUAAGUUUUCCCAUAAGCGAUAAACGCAAGUGGAAGAUGUACGCGUCUCUUCUUGCAUUUAGUACGAGAAAUGCAACAAGAUGUACGCGUCUCAGCUUGCAUUUAAUACGAGAAAUAGAAGGAAAUUGGAGGAAAGAGAAAGAGAUUUCCACAAUUUUAUUACUUCACCGUCGAUGUGACAGAAUCUGGUUAACACUUUGACUGCCACGCCGAAAUCACACGUUUCGCUGAGGACGCCACGGCAGUAUUUUUAUUAUUCAAAGCAUAUAAUGGCAAAAUAAUAAUAAAUCGACGAUGUAAAACAAUAUUCUUCCUCAAUGCACCGUUCAUCUUAUUGGUGGUCACCGGUGACCUCCGUGGCGCCUUGGUAACAGUCGAUAGCGACGUAUUAUAACAAGACUUCGUUUAUUUCAACAAACCAUUCGCUCUUCGUUAUUUCGUCGUAAGCAAAACGUGCAGAAUAUAUUGUUGAAACGUGUACAAGAUAUUAGUAAACGGUAUUUGCUCGUUCUAUAUAUAAUAGUAAGGUAUAUACACUUCUAAAUUCAAUUAUAUAUAUGAUUACAAAGCAGCAUUUACGAUUAUUUUCUAAGCUGUGUUUAAUAAUAAUAUUCGUAAAUUAGCCCUGAAACAUAUGGACGCGAACACAGUGCACCGUUAGAUGCAAGAUUUGUUCUCAUUUUUUUUUUUUUUUUUUUUAUUGAUGUUCUAAUAAAAAUGUUUAAUCGUUGAAUGGGGCACUUUUUGUUUCAAAGUAUCUUCUAUUUAUCGGUUAUAUUCAAAAUGCUCUGACUGUCAAUUUUCAUUCAAUUUUUACAAUUGUUAGAAGUGGAAGCGCUCCGGUCACCAAUGAUCACCGUGGCAGUCAAAGCGUUAGUCGGUGCACAAAAUGACACGAGUUCGUUUCGAGUUCUCCGAUACGCGUGUAGGAAUUGAGCAAAUCGUUCCGCUUUUAUCUUCGAACGAGAAGAGGCGCGACUGGCGCGUCUUAAAACGACUCGCUAAACGAGUUAGCCAGUUAGCAGCUAGUUCGUCGAGGUCUACGGAAGGACGCUCGAUCAACGAGUCUCUUCUUAGAUGUUGAUGUUUAGCUUGGGACCCUUCGUCGGCGAUUUAAUCUUAGCGAUUUGACGCCGCAACACCGUUUUCCGCAACUUUUCAUAUUCCUACUCUUGCUUCGCGAUUCGUUUGCGUUUUCCCGGUCGAAACGAUGGAACCGAGGAAAAGAGAAAUGAAAAAUUCUGGAGAUCGUCUGCUCGAGACAGACGAAACUUCGGCUCUCCAGACAAUCUUCGAGCGUAAUUUAAAUUAUUCGCCGUACGCAUUGAUCGAAUCGAUCGAAUUUUCAACACUUUCGCUGCGAUACUCGUCGAUUACAACAACGAUUAGACCGAGGAUUUUUAUGCAGUUUCGCGGUUCUAUCGACGCAAGCAAAUGGAGAAUCAAAGAAGUUAACGACUACUUCCGUUUGAAUAUUCCUUACAUUUCCGCGUAUUAGUUUCGCGUGCAGUUUUUACUUUCUCGAUUUUUCAAUCUCUCGUAAACGCGUAAAAAUCCGCAGCCUAAUGACGAGUAACGCGAAGCUUUCGAUGUUUCACAAAUAUUUCACUUUGAAUAUUUCAACUCUACGAUAUUAAUUAAAUUGUUCGAUCGUAUCGAUAUUUAAGCAUGCGCGUUUCAUAUGUAGACUGUGGAUGUUGAUGCAAAUUUUUAUCCCCGUCAGCACAAGCAACGUAAUGGAAAUUUUAUAUUGCCAACGAGUACUAUAUUUUGAAUAUUUCGUCAGAUUUUUGCAUACAAUAUGCAGUGCACAUAGACGGUAUGUAUAUUUUCUACAAGUCUGUCUAUGAUAAAUCGUUCAACGUACGUGCGUUCUUCCAUUUUUCAAUUUUCUACAAACGCAUCAACGUCCAUAGUCUGUCCGAAUUAUCGCCAGACGUUCUUUUCACCAUCUGCUGCCGUUUCAUUCGCGCGUUCGAUGAACGUGUUUUAAUUCUGUCUCGUUUCGAGAACAGCGAAAGCUUCUCCGAUUGUUCCAACAUUUUCCGAUUAACUUUCGAUAAUUCGAAAUAAGUAUGGAGACGAGUUCGAACGAACGAACCUCUGCUGUAUAGAUUAUCCGCACAAAAGUACGUUGAAGAAACGCUUUCCCGAUCCGACGAACGGUGGGAAGCGAAUAAAGAAGAAAACGAAGAAAAACCGGGAAGAAUAUAAAAGUUGUAAAGGCUCCUGCGCUCGUUGAAACGCGUUGCGACGCAUCGACACCUAAGUUUCGAGUAAUCAGCUUCGGUUUACCUGCGCGUUAUCGAUUCCUUUCAGUUCGUGGCGCGAUACCGAACUUGAAACGCGUAUUUCAAAACGUGCCAGCAUUUCCCAAUUCCAGUGUCGUUAUCGGUACUAGGAGGUGGAUCGCGAAGAAUACAAAAUCGAAGACUAAAACGAAAUAGCCAGAAACACGGUUAACCGAGAGCCACGGAUUUUCUAAUUGCGCGUUAUCGAAGCAACUAGCAACGAACGAACCGAGCGAUCGUGGAAAUUAUUCGCGUCUACGUGAUUCUGCUUUUCAACGUCUGUCGGAUAAAGUUCGGCCAAGCAUCGAGAAACAAAAUACAACGAUCAGAGUCUAGCGUAAAUUACGUUCGGUAUCGUUGCCACCCUCCGCGAUAUGUCGAAAGCGAGAUAGUUUAUCCAAUUAUGAUGAUUGGUUGAGUUUCUUUAUGUAAUUAUUCUAUUUUAGGCUCGUUACGUUCUAUUUCUCAAAUAAUUUCUUUUGAAAUUUUAUUAUUUUUAGUAUUUUUUUUAUUAAUAAUUUUAAUUGAGGAUUAUUCUUUUUAUAUAUUUGUUAAAUUUCAAUAUAAUAUUAUUUUUUUUAUGUAUCCUUUAUAUAUUAUUUUUGUUAUUAGUGCAUUAAUUGAUUUAAAUAAAUUCCAUUUGAUUCGAUCGAGGGAGAGUCAGAAUUAGUUUCUGGAUUUAAUGUGGAAUAUUAUAGAAGAAUAAUAAAUAAAAAAAAUAAUAAAUCUUUCGGGCCUUGUUCACCGACCAAAACGCAAUUCUGACUGCUGCAUCGAUACAAGUUGCUUCCGUAAUCGAACUGCAUGGCCCGUAACACGCGUCGCUGCUAAGCUAAAUCGCACGAAGAGCCCAAAACGCGCAUCGCGACGUGUUGGAACGCGUGCAGGAGCCUCGAGGGAAACUCGUAAAACUCACUGGGGCGUCGCAGCCCGAUUACAACCACCCUUCCAGCCUCCCUUAGCAAUACACGUCGUUACACGGUUACUUUUUAAACUACUUGACGACUAGCGGACGUCUACCGAGAUAUUUCGAUGUUUCUAAAGAAAAAAAAAUAUGUUGUGUAAAUAAAAAGAGAAUCGGAGGGCGCAUGUCGCGGUGACGCUGCAGAGAAUCGUGGUAUGAGAGAGUGGGAGAGAAAGCGACAAGAGAGGAGAGAGAUUAAGGGGAAAUGAAGAAAAAGAAAAAGGAAGAGAGCGAGUGUGAGAGAAAAAGCGAGCGAUAAGAAAGAAGGGAAGCAACCGGACGGAGAAAGAGAAUAAAAAUGAUGUUUGUGUUUUGACGGCUGGCUCAAUCAUUUCAAACAUCGCGUUCCUCUAGACACUAGACUGUAGAAUGCUCUCUCGCCGUCAGCAAGUUGUGAGACCGGAGGCAGCAGCGUGUACCGGAAGUUGUGGAGUUCCGUGGUCAAGGAAUCGUCCACGAGGCGAGAAAUCUAUGAAAAAGACGAGAAAAGAAGGAAAGGAAGGAACCGUUUGUUAGAAAAUAUCGCGAAUGUUCAGGAGUGUUAACUAUAAAUGGAAAUACACAGGUUUUGCAAUGUUAAUCCAAGGCAAAUGGUUCUCGAUGUGAGAUCGUUCGACACGACAACGAGCUUCUUCCGCCCCAUCUUUUUCCUCUGAAAAAAUCUUCUGACGUCGCUUAAGUUUGACUGGAACGUGUUCGUAGGCCUCGUAGUAAUCUCAGAAGAUUUUAUUAUUAUUGUCUGCUAUUGCUAUUAUUCGUUGACGCAGAUAUGUCUGAAUUUCCCUUUCGCUUCCGCCGUUUAAUGAAAUUGUCACGUUAACGUUUUUUUUAUUAAUUUAUCGCCAUAUAUUGAUACGUUAUUCGUCGUUAAGUUAAUAUUUAAAAAAUUCGCGUUAAUACUGCACCACAGACGAAACGAUGUUCUUUUUAGUUUAGAAGCCAAUCGAAUCGAUUAAGAGUGCAAGUCAAUUUUUUUGGUAUUAUUCGAUAAUGAUUAUUAUUCGACGUUGAAAAUGAAAGAUAAAAAUUAAAAUGUUAUUCUCGCGUUGGUUACAAAUAAGAUUAGAGUGAUACGAUCGCCAGACGAUACUCUACGAACAAAAUUCGCAUCAGAUGGAGUUUAACCCAUAAUAGCUUUCGACAAUUAAUCACAAAUUAUUGUACGUUAAUUAGAAAAAAUGUAACACGGUGAUCUUGCAAUUACUCUGCGGAAAAUUAGGCGUAUCUGAGUUGAAUCGCUCUCGAUUCGAUCUUGAUGAUCCUCCGGUGGGUCGUUCAGAGCUCGUCGCUGGUCGAGUCGUCUUAUUGAGGAACCGGAAGUUGCACGCAAAGCGGUGAUCAUCGUUGUAUCGCGGUGAAAGGAGCGUCGAGGUGACGAAGAGAAAAGCAAGGAAUAUUCGAGUGACAGACCGAAGAAAUAAAUAUUUAUAGGUCCGACAAUGGGAAACGAUCGACUCGCGUUGUUAAUUAAAGUAAUAGGGAAAUUGAAGAAACAACUCCGCUCGGUGUUAACUGUAAUAAGAAUCUUUUUCUUUAGGCGCGAGGAAAAAAAGGAGAGAUGGAAAGAAGAAGAGAAAAGAAACGAGGGAGAAAGAAAAAAAAGAUAGGAGAAAAGUGGCGUAAAAGACAAAAAAGAAAUCCGUAGGAAAGAAGAUAAAAGCAAGAAGCUUCGUCGCGGACGGCUCUAAGCCUGUUAUUUUCUGAGAAACAGCAAAUUAUUUAUUCCUAUAGAGUCUAUUCUUAUAAAUAUAAUAACUUUCGACUGAGUUCCGCGUCGACUUGCCGGAAGUAACGUGUUCGUAUCCGCAAAUUCGUUCGCGCGUAAAACGAUUAUAAGAAAUUUCGAGGAUGAACAAAUAAAAAAAAAAAAAAGAAAGAAAAAGAAGAGAGAAGAAAAGAACGUAAGAAAGAGAUGGACAUUUUUCGCUGUAUAUAUGUAUGUUUAUUCUCAAAGAAAUUAUACGGCUAUUAUUAUAUACAUAUAUAUAUAUAUAUACACACACACACACAAAUGAAAGAAUUACAUUACGAACAAGAUAUAAAUAAAUAAAUAAAUAUGUAUAUAUAUAUAUAUGUAUGUAUAUACAGAAAGAGAAGAAAAAUUGGAAUUACGAAAGACGAAGAGGGAAAAGAGGAAAAAAAUAAUGGCGGAGUGUGAAUUAUGAGAAUAACGUAUGAUGCUACUUAUACGAUAUUUCGAAGCACGUCUGUUUAUGGAAUUGUUACAGAAUGAAUUCAAUAAAUAUUAUCUUAAUACGAUUUCAAUGCUGGCGAUCUUUUAACGAUGACAUUGUUAAACGUGUACGAGAACAGCUUGCGAUUCUGGUCUCGGUGCAAAGUUCUUCAUUUUAAUUCAUCUACUUUCAACUAACUCUGUACUGAAUCAUUGUGUACUAAUCUGAUUUCAUUUAAUAUAUUGACUGUUAAGCCUUUG